GACCGUGAUUGGUCGCAUCUCUCAAGUCUAUAAUUUAUGUUUUGCCGCGUUUUGGGAAGCAGGAAUUUUCGGUACAGAGCACCACAAACCGUGACACCUCCGUGACGUUAACGACUGAACUCAGGUGCCAACGCGAUUUGAAUGGUCCUUUUUUUCACAAGUGCGAUGCGGGGAGGCAAAAUGUCUGCCAAGAAAACCUCCUCUUCUCCUAAAGCCUGUUGCUUCUGCAACCUGGCGGACGACAACGAAUUGGAAUACGGGAAGAUUUACGAGCACAAUGGGAUUGUCACACAUUAUUAUUGUUUACUCCUGUCCUCGAACAUGGAGCAGAAGGGCCAAGACAACGAGGGAAUACUUGGAUUUUUGACAGAAGAUAUACAGAAGGAACUUCGCAGGGGAAAAAGAUUGGUAUGUACAUAUUGCAGAAAGAGUGGUGCUACUUUAGGCUGUUGCAAUGUCAAAUGCAAGCGCAUUUUCCACUUCCCUUGUGGUUUAAAGGCUGGUUCUUUGCAUCAGUUCUUUGGAGAAUUUAAAUCAUAUUGCAUAAAUCAUAAGCCAAAGCAAAAUAUAGAUCAACAUAUUUUAAAGGAAAUUAGUUCGAUAGAUAAUUUAUUGUGUUACAUUUGUUAUGAUAAAGUAAACCCGUCUGAUCAUGUAGAGACUUUGUGGGCUCCUUGUUGUAAAAAAGAUGCAUGGUUUCAUCGUAAAUGUGUUCAGCAACUUGCUAUGAGCGCAGGAUAUUUUUUCAAGUGCCCAUUAUGUAAUAAUAAGAAGGAGUUUCAAAAAGUUAUGCAAGAAAAUGGUAUUUUCGUCCCGAGUCAGGAUGCUUCUUGGGAAUUAGUACCGAACGCUUUCGAAGAACUUUUGUACAGGCACGAUCAGUGUGACGCUGUAUUGUGCCUAUGCCCGAAAGGAAGAAAAUACACAAGUAGCAAUGCGAAAUGGGAAUUGGUACUAUGUCGCACCUGUGGCUCACAGGGUAUUCAUAUGUCCUGUGGGCAAUUAAAAUGGGCUAAUCCUGUAUGGGACUGUGUCGAAUGUACUUCCAUAUUAGGUAAGGCAAUUAAAGACAAGGAGAAUGUAAGAUCAAGUAGUUCUAACGGUUCUAGUCUAAGAGAGUUCGAUUCGGAUAGCGAUACGGACAUUUCUGUGGGAACUGAGUUUCCCCUACAAUACGCGUCGCCUAAUUUUGAUCUUAGUCCCAGUUCAUCAUCCAGUUCCUUACCGGAUAUUAUGUCGAACAUUAAAUUGCGACCUGGACCGCGAUCUUUCAAGUUGCAGCAACAAAUUAAAGCGCAACAGAUAAGCAAACAGAUUGUGGAAUUGAAGUAUUUCGAUCUAAAGAGAAAUGAAACUGACACAAAUAAUGCAAAAUAUAAAGAUAAUUCGCUAGUGAAGAAUGAUACCGUAAAGAUAAAAUCUUUGACCAGCAAGGAGAGUAGUUCUCAGGAAAGAAGGGAAGAAAACGAUACGCAGAAAAACGAUAAGCAAACUGACUGUCGAGAAGAGAGGAAAUCGUCAGUCAGCAAUAACAAUGAUGAAAAACUGAUGGAGAAAAAGGCAGAUAUUAUCAUAAUCGAAAGUGAUGACGACAAUGACGGCGGCGACGACGACAACAAUAAUGAUGACGACGAUGAUGUAAAGAUAAUUUUAUCGAAACAAACGAUGUCUCAAACUCCAUUACAACGAUCGAACAAACCGCUAGGUUUGAUAACAGAUAAAUCGGUAUUGCCUGAAGACUCAAACGUGGCAUUCCCGAAAAUGGAGAGCAUCGAUCGACAGAACGCUGAUGCAUCGGAAUCAGAAAUUGCAAGCAAAAAUACGUCCGUCAUCGUGAGGCAAUCUAGUGCAGCUUCGCCGCGAGAAUCCACGGCAAACUCUCUUUCAUUGAACAGUGAAGACGCAGAUGCGGACGUGGACACGGUGGAUAUAAAUGGAAGCCCCAUCAUGAGUAUAAAAAUUACCAACGUCACUUCCGUGCUACCCGAAGUGUUCGAAAGCACACCAGAUAUCAUUUGCGAGGACGAUGCGUUAAAGAAUUCUGUGAACUCUGUUUCCGCGUUGAAAAGGAAAGUUUUCGAGGAGUACGUCAGGUCGAUGAUGCCUCUGAAGCGCAGCGUACCCGAAGCGAGCAAUGUUGCGGACAAUGGUCACAAGAAGAUCAAAAGAGACAAGUUCUGCGAAAACUACACGACACAUGGCUGCAUGAAACCCUACGCUACUGCACCUGACACCAGUGCGCGACAAAACAGGGGGACAUCUCCAAUUAAGCCCGACGAGAUUAGUAAAGCUGCUGAGGAUCCUUCAAAAUGCAUGUCUGCAGAUGGAAGUUUUAAUUCAUCGCUGAAUGUUAGUCGAAAAAAAGAUUACAAAGAUACAUCAUCUAAAACGUGUGAAAUUUCCGCUUCGUCGUUAAAUGACGCUCAAAGAAAUGAUCCAUCCCUGUCACUUCACCAAAUGAGCAACAACUGUACAGAUCAAGUUAAAUCGCGUCAUUCAGUAGAAGGCAGCACACUAUGUAACGUACAAUCGAAGCAAGAAAACUCCUUGAGGGAAACAGCGAACACGCAUUUGCACUUUAAUGAGUGCAACAGUCAACUCGACUCAACGUCGAACCUGAAUUCUACAAAUAACCAAGAUACAAGCAAUAAUGAAGCGAACGCCGUGUGCGCGGCACCAUUGAGCAGUCUAACUUUGCCGGAAAGGCUACAGACGCUAAAUAACAUCACUGGGAUUAACAAUAAUCAAACUGUGUUCAAGAAUCAGGACAUCACGAUAAGAGCAGUCAAUCCAACUACGUGUGCUGGAAAUAACAAUCGAACAGGAGUGUCGAAUAAGCAUAAAAUAGUUACUUCAGCGAGAGAGAAAUCAAACGCUAAAGUAUCUAGUCUAAAGUAUCCUGGCCACGAAUCUCCAAACAAAUGUGACGGGGAUGCAGGCACCAGUCGUGCCGAGACUAGAUCAACUGGCCAGAGGAAGCGACAUUUCCCAAGCGACCACAGUGGGAAAAAUGGGGCCAUUGGUUAUCCACAAAGUCUCGCCACAACGCGCAGUGUCUUCCUCCAUGUUACAAGCAACCAUAAUACCUGUCAUCAACCUAGACUAAUACCACAGUACAUGGACCUGAAUAAUCUCAAGUUUCGUGCCUGCGAAUCUGAUAAUGUUCAGAUGAUUUUAUAUGAUACAUUCUCUGUAAAUAUCUCGAUGAAAAAUCCCAAGGAAAGCAGGAAGAGGUUGGAAAGUUUAGCUCCUCCGAAAGAGUACACGUUUAUUCCUCGUAGACGAGAUGAGACUUCAUCCAGCAAAGAUUACAUCGCGGACGAACGUAUCGAUAAGUUCUAUUGCACUUUGAAGAGCGAGACCCAUUUGAUUAAUGACAAGACUAAAUGUAUAACGCGUAGCCGUGACGACGCGAAAGAAAAUUUAGAUCCGAUCAAAUCGAGAACACUCUCGCGCAACGAUGUAUUUAGCAAUAGCACUUUGAUGAAUAACACUGAUGACGCCGUGACUCCAAGUGACUACAUUUGCGAGAAUGACAAUGAAAUGAUGCGAUUCGUGUCAAGUGAUACCAAUGUAAGCACGUUCACGCGAAGGAUUUGUAACAUGAACAUAGAUAAUAUAGCAGAUAAUAUAGAAUUUGUGCGAAACGAUUGCAAUCAACUUUCACGAAUCAAUUUUGAGGACGUGCAGCAGCAAGUCGCGGCAAGUAACGUAAUAUCUGAAUCUAAAGAAGAAAAGACCAGUAAUGACCGAUUUUCUGAAGAGAUUGACAAGGUAGAACGCAGCAUUAAUUCUGAUUUAAAUAUUGUUAGCAGGAAUAAAAGCGUUGAGAAGGUACUGCAAGAUAAUAUCACUUUUUUUGUAAACAAACACGUCGAUGACGAUAGAGAACUUAGGUACGAUAGCGUAGAUGAUGCGUCAGUAUUGUCGAAUGAUAAAUGUUUGAGCAGAAUGAACGUUGUGAGGUUGAAAGCACAGAAUCGGAGAAGCGCGCGUGUAGCGAACAUUACGUAUAACGAACAUAAUAUUUUAAAUAAACAGAUUGAUACGUAUAAUGCCGACGGGUUUAUUCAAUGUAGGACAUUUUACGAGAAUACUGCAAAUCAUAAGAGCGAGAGUAAUGCCAAACGUAGUAUCAAGUCUUGUUUCAAAAUCAGUAUAGAUUUGUGUAAAAUACAAAAUCUUCUCGAUACCAGGCCAGAAUUAUUUACAAAUCAAGAUUGUAAUGAUAAUCAUUGGCGUAAAAGUUCCUUAUGUAGUUGAGGUGUGACCGUACUCAACAACAGGUAAGAUAUUCCCGAUAUUCUUGAUUGAGAAUAUUCUGGUAAUAAUAAUAAUAAUAAUCAAAUUCAAAGCCACUCAAGAUGAAUUGUAACUAUUAAUGUCACAAAGAAUACUUUACUUCCGCCAGACAAAUUUUUUUCUUUUAUGUAAAUAGUAACUAUAUCAAUUAUUUAUAAAAUAAAUGCAAUUGCAUAAUACUGAGGAAAUUCAACCCGUGAAAUACCUUUGGCGCGAAAUAUAUUUAUCAAAAUGUCAAAACCAAAUAUUUUGAUAAACGUGUCUUAGAGAAGAAAUAAUCUGAAAAAUGUUACACAAUAAGUAUAAACAAUACAGUUGGAGAGAAUAAUCAUUAUUUAAAAUUUUACAAAAUGUGUUAAAUAUGAAUAGAGUACUGAAUGAUUACGCAUUUUAUGUAGAGAAAUAUAUAUUUUAUGUAGAGAGUGUGUAAUAUCACAUAAGUUAUUUUCUGCUGCCUUCUAUCUAAAUUGUAAUAUAGAAUUGCCAGAUACGUGUACAUUAGUAUAUCAUUUUUUUGUACAGAAAUUGAUAUAUAUAUGUAUGUAUGUAUGUAUGUACAUGUAUGCAUGGGUGUAUAUAUAUUAUAUAAAAGAAAUAUAUUUAUAAGGUUAUUGUAUAAAGACAAAUAUAAGGUUAUUUUUUAUGUAAUAAAUUUAUGGUUUUACUCAAG